UUCACGCAACGCCAUGACUUACUGUCAUCGCUGCACGAGUGAGUGCUCUGAUGAAUGGCGAUGGAUUCCAGGCACAGCGUUGAACUGAUAUGCCUGCCCGACCCGGGGCCGGCACACGAAGACGAGCCUCUCCUUUCACCAACCUCAGCGGCGAGAUACCCCGCUAUUUUGACGCCAGGGAUCUCCAUCACAAAUGAGGACGAGAGUGAAGCGGAGAACAGAAAGAGUGAUUCCAGCGACGAUGAGGCCCAAAACACGCUAGAUACCACGUAUCCCAGAUACGCCAGCAAAAGGCUGCUCGGGCAGUAUAUCCCCGAAAUCAACGAGCACCAUGUGCGAUCCACUACGCGCAAGAGCGCCGCAUCCAAGCAGUCAACCAUGCUGCGCAACCAGUUCAUCACCGCGGCCGUCAUCUGUCUGGCGAAUGUGGUGACACUGAUCUGCUUUUGGGUUUUCUUCCCCCCGGAUGAACGAGGCAUCGGGACCAUCCGCAUGGGUGACUGCGCGGAGAUGACGAGCAUCAAUAGCGCCGCCCACGUGGCUCUCAACGUGCUGUCAUCGCUUUUCCUUGGGGCGGGGAGCUACUGUAUGCAGAUUCUGGUUGCCCCGUCUCGGCGGGAGAUGGACUGGGCACAUGCUCGUGGGGUAUCGCUCGACAUCGGGGUUCAGAGUGUUCGCAAUUUGCGCUGGAUCAAGGCUGGGAGAUUAUUCCAGUGGUUAGGGCUUGGGGUGUUGUCGAUUUGUUUGCAUCUAUUCUGGAACUCGCUCACCUUCACGUCUACCCCAGUCGUGAGCUAUGCAACAGCCACAGUGACGAUUGACUUUCAGACGGUAGGGCGGGAUUGGGCCUUGGAUCCCAUCCCGCCGACACUAUCCGGCAAGAACUGGUCUGCGGUGCACGACCUCUACACCGAGAUGGCCAACUUCACCCGUCUUGACAAACAAGAGUGCAUCGAUGCGUACAUCGACGGUCUUACGACCAAAGGACCCUUGGUAGUCGUCGCAGCCAACAUCACCGCGGCGCAGAACUACAACCACACCCUGCUCGACGGCUGGGUUACCGGAUGGGAUGUCUGGAGCCAUGCCCCCUGGUGGAUCUGCGGGGCGUACAACCUUCCAGAUUACAACCGCCUGUGCACACGCGAGUGGGCCAGUACUUUUAUCGAUGACUGGGCGGUUGUUGCGUGGGCUCACCAGGAAAAAGGCCAGCCGGGAUGGCCAUUCUGGGUCAAGGUCGAUUAUUGCCUUGUCGGUGCGGAGAGCGAUAUCACCCAGAGGUGCGGGCUGCACUAUGGAACGCAGAUCUUUGCGGUUGUGAGUGCGUGCACACUACUUCAAUGCGGCUUUAUCUUGAGGGCGUGGUGGUCUUACCGCACAAAAUCCGCUCGGCGCCCCACAGAGAAGACUAUGGUUCUAAUGGGCGAUGCGGUUGCAGAAUACCUGGAGUAUCCCGGGGAUAUGUCAAAUUCGCAAGUGGUCCGAGUAUAUCCGCAGGUGUGGCGCCCUCAGAAGAGUGUAUCAUGGUUCAAUACCAUCCAUCGCAAGGUUUGGGCAAUAUCCUUCACUUUAUUCAUGCUAGGUAUAGCCGCUCCAUUAGCCAUACUGGUCGACUCGGUAGUCUUCUGGAAAGGCCGGGGCCUGGAUAUGAGCCUCCCAUCCAUCGUGCAACUCGGCUUCGGCCUCAACCCAGGCUUCCUCGGCAUGAACAGCGAAACCAGCAACUACAGCCUGAUGGACUCCUCGGUCAGCUUCCUCUAUCUCUUCUACAACAACAUCCUGACGCACCAGCUCGUCGCCGACCAGUGGGUGCGCUUCCUCCGGCCGGACGGGAAGAAGGCGCUGCGCGUGUCAACCUCGCGGGGCAUGCAGCGCUCGUCCUAUCUGCUUUCCCUGCCCCUCACCUACUCACUCACCCUGACCAUCGCCAUGAUCCUGCUACACUGGCUCGUCUCACAGAGUCUCUUCGUGGUGCAGACCAUCGGCUUCGACACGAACGGCGAGAAGGUCAACUUCCCGCACUUCUCCGGUUCGGCAGUCGGGUACGCCCUUUCGCCCAUUGUCCUGGCAACCCUCUGCGGGGUCGUGAUGGUAGCGGGCGUGCUGGUGCAUUCCCUGGUGCGACGCCAUCAUGAUGUACCAGCGGGGUUCCCUGCCUGGGGCGCGAGCAGUGCUCACAUCGAAGCGCUGUGCUCUGGACGGCCCGCGGAUGACGUUGAUGCCCAUCUCUUUCCCGUGAGCCUCGGGGUCGUCGUGUCGGGUCCCCAGGACCAACCCUAUCUGACCUUCUCGACGGAUACCGGGCUGCGCCCGCCGGAGCGGAACGAGAUGCUUAUGCUCCCUGCACGGAUGGCAAGACAAAAGGUUUCAAAGGGAAGGGAGUCGCGGUCGCGUCGGAUGUGGGGUUCCUUGAAGACUGACGCGGAGGCUGGGGUUUUAGGGUUGCGAAGAUAAAGUGGGUCUGUGACCGGGAUGAGGUGAGCUAAAGGAUACAAGGCCCAACAAACAAAGCUUUUAUAGAUGGUAACAUUAUUAGGCAUUGG